AUGGGGGGGGAGACCAUGGCCCGUGCGUCCAGCGUGGACUCCGCGGAUGUGCCGCAUCUUCCGUUGGAUGUGGCACGGGAAGCGGUAAAUUCCGCUGAAUCCCUGGAGGCCGCGUCCCCCUUCCAACGUGGUGGUUGGAGCCUCUGGGAUCGAAAUGCCAAGAGCGGCGUCUUCAUCGCCGGACUCGCUUGCGGGGUCGUUCUGGUGGCCUCGGCGCUCUGGAUGGGCGGCUCCCUCUUGCUGAGCUCGAUGUGGGGGGUGUCCAACUUAUCGGAUGAAGAUCUGCUCCACUGUGGUCGGCAGAUCAAGUGGAAGUCGCAUCCGGAGUUCUGCCUGGCGGCGAAGGGUCCUGACGUCUACAACGGCACGGAGGUAGUGAUCCAGAAAUGCGGUUCGGUUCCGCAUGAUGAGUGGCUUUUCACCAACGGCAGCAAAAUCCGGCUCUACACUCGGCCAUCGCUAUGCCUGGACGUGAGGAACCACCUGAACGUGGAUUGGACGAAGCUCCAGCUUUGGGAAUGCCAAGACGGCCGUGAGUCGAAGACUCAGAACUUCACCAUCGCAGAGAAUCAGGCGUUGCACUGGUCACUUCAUCCCCACAAAUGCCUAGAUGUGGCCUACCACGCACCGGUCGCGGGAAUGAAUGUGCAAAUCGCACCAUGCAAGUCGGCGCAGACCUUCGAGAUCGACAAGUGUCACUUCAACUGCCCCCGGCAGCUGAUGUGGAAGACAGAGAGGACCUGCCUCUCCCUGCAGGGCUGGUCACUUGAGGCAGGCGUUAGCCUCGUCCCCGGCCCCUGUAUGGGUGAUGGCAUUGGCCCGACACAGUUCCUGUUCAACACGCUUAGAGGCGGGCAAAUGCAGCUGGCCUUGAACACCAAGUACUGCGUCCAAGUGAAUGCUUAUUCAGAACUGGAGCUUGCAGUAUGCGAUUCCUUUGACUUGCGGCAGUACUUCGAGUUUCGCCGCGGCGCCAUCUUUCGCAGCAGGCGCAAUAUGCAUUUGGUGCCGAGUUCGCCGGUGCUGACAGUAGACAGGUCCAGCAACGACACCAUGGAGGCUUCUGCAUGCCAACUGCUCUACCACCCGGUCCAGUCCUUCCCCAUACCAUCAGGCAUGCCUUGUCCGAGGCAGCUGAAAUGGGAUCCUGGCUUUUCAAGUUCAGUCACAACCCCGGAAGAACACCUCUGCCUUGCAACAAUGAACUGGCACAUUGGGAAUGGCGAGCCCGUCGUGCUCGCGCCUUGUGAGGCUGGUACGCAAGUAGGCCAGCGGCAGCACUGGCUCUUGGACAGUGCCGAAGGCAAGCUUCGACUGGCAUCCAGCCCCAGCUACUGCCUGGAGACCGACCAUGUACACAAGGACCGCCUGCCCCUCCACUUGUGGCAGUGUGUUUAUGGCGACGACAGCCAGGUCUUCAGCAUCCCAGACACCAUCCUCUCGUCCGCGCAGAACAUCUUCCAAGGGUCGAGAUGCCUUACCGUGGCCCGGGAGGAGGUGGAAAAGGCUCAUGCCUACACCAAGCUGGACAUGGCGGAGUGUGGCUGGGAAUUCUAUCGGCAGCAAAGGUUUUGGACGGAUGUGUGCCAAGAGAAGGAAAAAGCUGAACCUCCGCCGGGCGAUCGGUUGGGCUCGUUCCUGGUCAUCGGGGAUUGGGGAUGGGAUCCCUACUCGCAUGGCAACGUCGAGAAGGCCGACUGUCAGACGGCUAUCGGCGCCGCCAUGGCCCACAAGUUCAAUGACCUGCAGGAUGUGAAGUUUAUCAUCAACGUUGGCGACUCGUUCUAUCCGAAUGGCGUUGCGAGCCCGGGGGACAUCCGUUGGAGGACGCAGUGGAUGGACCGAUACCCAGACAUCCUCCGCUCGGUUCCAUGGUACAGCGUCUACGGGAACCACGACGCCCACCACGACCCAGGUAUGUGCAACGAUGAGGCCGGCGCGCAGUUGGGGGACAUCCUCUCCAGGCGCAACGGCCUCUUCGAACGGUUCUACAUGCCGGACUACAACUGGUACUAUACCCACGAGGAGCUUUCGGUCGAGGUAAUUGCCCUCGACCUGAACAAGUACAUGGACGGCUGGAACAAGAGCAAGGACGACGAAGACCUCUUUCUAUCAGAUUGCGAGUACUCGUCCUGCCCUGAGACGUGCGUCAGCAAUGCCGAGCGACGAGCUCAACAGGCGAUGGACUUAGUCUUCGAACGCUACACCAACACAACAGCAGAGUACCUGUUGAUCUUUUCCCACUAUCCCACGGACUAUUUCCAUUCCAGACCAGACUUUCUGGAACUGCUGGGAAGGCAAGGGACUCCAAGGAUCGCCUACUUCGGCGGCCAUCGGCACAACACAGACCAGUGGAGCACCCUCCGAACAGGCCACCACGACUGGCUUGUGGGAGGCGGCGGCGGUUGGAGUUGCGAUGGCAGGGAGCAAGGCUUUUUGGUGGGGACCAUCGACUAUUUCUACGAACUACGAACCUACCCUGUCUUUGUGGAUGCUGAAGUCUGUUGUCCAACUUCGGCAAGUGCAUGA